CUCGUUUUCGCUCCGCUUCACUUUGCAAAAAAGAGCACCAAUGGGCAAUAAGAUCUCCAAUGUCACUUCCUCUAUGGAAAUUGACAGUUUCCUCACUGGCAUUGGUGAUAUUUACUAUGAAAGAAGCAUUGGCCGAGGUCGGUUCCUAAAGACUAUUCGAGGACGACAUAAAGACACGGUGAUUGUGGUCAAAAUAUUUAUCAAGCCAGAAAUCGGCAUGUCGCUGCGAAACUACGUAAAACGGCUACAAUCGGAAUACGAUGCGCUUCUCGAUAUUCCCAACGUUUUCUUCUUCCAAAGAGUCCUUGAAACCGAUCGAGCAGCGUAUCUCAUCCGACAGUAUUUCUACAGCAGCUUAUACGAUCGAAUCAGCACUCGGCCGUUUUUGACCUUGAUCGAGAAGAAAUGGAUUGCCUAUCAAAUUCUUCGUGGUAUUGCGGACGCCCAUGCGAAAAAGGUGUACCAUGGUGAUAUGAAGACGGAAAAUGUAUUGAUGACGUCCUGGAAUUGGAUUUAUAUUGUGGACUUUGCUUCGUUCAAACCGACUUACCUUCCGGAAGACAAUCCCGCCGAUUAUUCCUUCUUUUUCGACACAUCAUCGAGGCGUACAUGCUACAUUGCCCCGGAGCGAUUCUACAAAGCAGGAUCAGAAAUUGAGCAAAAGAUGAAAAACGUGGACUGGAUGGAUUGUGUCAGUGAACUGACGCCAGAGAUGGAUAUUUUCUCGGUUGGAUGCGUGAUUGCAGAGUUCUUUUUGGAAGGCUCGCCCUUGUUUUCAUUAUCGCAACUUUUCAAAUACCGAAAUGGCAAUUACGAUCCAACCCCGUCCCUGGAAAAGAUCGAGGAUAAAGAUAUAAGGGACAUGGUACGCCAUAUGAUUCAAAUUGAUCCAAGUGCACGCUAUUCAGCAGAACGAUAUCUUUCCGAGUGGCGAGGAAAAGCAUUCCCUCAUUAUUUUUAUACCUUUAUACAUCAGUACAUAAGCUCCAUUACCGAUAAAUGCGAUCAUAUACCCACCACACCGACCAGAUCACUGCCGAAAUUACCUUCGGCGUUUCCAGGAGUGGCUCCGUUGAAUAAGCGAUUGACCGAUGCGGAUGAAAAGAUUGAGCGUAUUUACCACGAUUUUGACAAGAUUGCUUACUUUAUAUCUGCUCCGACUGAACAAGCGCAACAAUCAAACACAAAGCCUACAUCACCUACGGAAGCUCGUCCACCGCUUUUGGGCGAACGACGGAGGACAUUAACAGAUCUUCCAAAUACCACGGCAUCCGCAGUAGGCGUAACACCUCAUUGGACCAACAUUAUCCUACCUCCCACCUUGAAUAUCCCAAAUUAUGAACCUGACCAGAACAACAAGACCCCAGACAGCCCAUCCUAUGAAACCAACGGUCAAGGCUCGCUCAUCUUUUUAUCCUUUGUCUCUUCAUUGGUGCAAAAUACGUCAUAUCCAAGUUCCAAGUUAAAGGCUCUUGAUAUUUUGCUGGCGCUAAGCGAACACUUGCCGGAUGAUGUUAAGCUCGACCGUUUGCUACCCUAUCUCAUGACACUGCUCACGGAUGAGUCAUCACUUGUUCGUGCAAGUGCUAUCAAGACAUUGACUCAAGUGUUGUGUAUGGUGGAAUCCAUUUCGCCUAUCAAUGCCCGUAUUUUUCCGGAAUACAUCAUGCCGAGUGUGCGUGAGUUUGUCACCGAUCCCGAUGUGCUCGUUCGAACCACCUAUGCUAGCUGCAUCGCGCUUCUGGCAGAAACAGCUCUUCGAUUUCUUGAAAUGACACAGCUUAUUAAAACCGACAAAGAAUACCCCCGCGACCAAGAGGACGAAAAUCCGGAUCUCGAAGAAUCGUAUGACUCUUCUCUGCAAGCCUUGCAAGGACUAGUACAGGAGCAAGUGACCAUUUUGCUCAUUGACAGCGAAAGUUCGGUAAAACGAGCGUUAUUAACGAAUAUCACCUGUUUGUGUGUCUUUUUCGGACGCCAGAAAACCAAUGAUAUCCUGUUAUCCCACAUCAUCACCUAUCUUAAUGACAAAGAUUGGAUGCUUCGAAGCGCUUUCUUUGAAUGCAUCAAAGGUGUUGGCACUUUUGUCGGAGCUCAGAGUUUAGAACAAUACAUCCUUCCUCUCAUGACCCAAGCAUUAACAGAUGCCGAAGAAUUUGUGGUGGAAAAGGUACUGACUUCAUUGACAAGCUUGGGAGACCUUGGCUUGUUUCAAAAAAUGAAGCUUUGGGAGCUUAUUGCCAUUAUUGCUCCACUUACCUGCCAUCCAAGUGUAUGGAUCCGAUACGGCGCGAUCAGCUUUAUUGCAUCUACGGAAAAAUAUUUACCGCAAACCGAUUUGUGGUGCAUCAUUUAUCCUCUAUUGAAACCCUUUCUCAAAUCAGACAUUGCAGAGAUCAAUGAAGCUUGCCUACUCGAAAAUCUAAAGUCCCCUAUUCCUCGACAAGUAUAUGAACAAGCUAUUACAUGGGCUAGUAAAAGUUCUGGCGAUUCUCUUUUCUGGAGACAGCAGCGCGACAAGCGGGUGCGAACUGGUCAAAUGUCGUUAAAGAAUGCUAAUAUGGGGCCUGCCAUGCUCAUCAGACAAGGAUCGUUAUUCAGCAGUUUCACUGUAGGUGAGCAGGUGCGACGAUCUACAGAGGACGAUGCCUAUCUCGAUCGGCUACGUAGUGUUGGCAUGACAUCCGAGGAUGAAGACAAACUGAUGCUGAUGAGAGAAUACAUAUUCAAAGUAUCACAAUCCAAGUUGAGUCGACCAAAAUCUACAGAUGACUUCAACAUGCAGAAAGAUGAGAUCUACCUCAAAAACCUUGGCGUCACGCCAAUGACCGUUUUCCUGCCUGACAUUUCCAAGGAGGCCCAUCAAUGGAGCGCCAAAGUAGAAAAGCCAGCUAUUAGAAAGAUAUCUCUCGAUGAUCAGCCAUGCCCCAGUGAUGUCAAUGCAAAGAAAACUACAGCAAGAGCCGAUGUCUACAAGUUGAGUCGAGUAGCAAGUCAGCCUCACGUGCAGGCCCUCAUGAGUAACAUUGGCACGGGAGCAGCGGACAAGCCAAUGGAUCAAGAACUAAAACAACCCUCCUCGUCCGCCUCUGCUCCUCACACCACCAAUCCACAGACGUCCACAAAAGCGAAACGAGCCUCCACUUCUUCAAAGGAUAAUCGGGAACGAUCUCCGGAUGCGUUAGAAUUACGAUCAAUGGAUCGACAGAAUGGGACGGUUGCUACGCUCCGUGAACCCGCAGCAAUUAAUAGCUACCGAACCAUAGAAUCAUCUCUUCGAAAACCAUCAGCUGGUUAUGGUCAUUUACAGAAUCUGCUAUUCAAAAUUGCCAUGGGGGCUUUCCCCCCACACAUGCCAGAAUUCACCGGUGAUCCCGCUAUUAUGAAACGCAUCCGUCGAUUACCUCAAGGGACAUCGCCGUUUCGCACCAUCAGCAAUUGGAAACCUGAAGGAACAUUGGUGGCGCAUUUUACGCAACAUACGGCGGCUAUUAAUCAGCUGGUCAUAUCGUGGGAUAAUCUUCUUUUCGCGUCGUGUUCGGACGAUGGAUCCGUCAAGAUCUGGGAUUGCUCUCGCUUGGAACGCAAUGUUACCAACCGGGCAAGGGCAACUUACAACCAACAAGGCGGCCGCAUAAAAUGCCUGACAUUUAUUCAACAGACAUACAGUAUUGCUGCAGCGUCGGAUAAUGGCAGUAUACAUGUUUUCCGGGUGGACAUUCGGAAUGCUGGUUCCGGUCUUAAAUUCGGCAAAUGUGUGACGGUCAGAGAAUAUCAACUUGAGGACGAAUUUGCAGUGGUGAUCAAACAUUUUACGAGCAAUGCUUCCAAUACCAUGGCAGGAUCCAAAUCCAUUUUAUUAUUUGCGACUACGAAAGGCGCGAUUUAUGCCAUGGAUCUUUUAACUAUGGGGAUUCUUUGGAAACUGCAGAAUCCUAAAAGUCAUGGUGUAAUCACAUCCAUGUUGACGGAUCGUCUGCAUACCUGGCUUUUGGUGGGGACGACGCGGGGCAUCCUUACAUUUUAUGAUCUACGGUUUCAGAUUCCGCUUCGAUCAUGGCUGCAUCCCAGCAAAAGUCGAAUCAAUGCCAUGAUCCUGAAUCAUGAUCCCAAAGCGGAAAGCAAGCAAGUGAUUAUUGCUGCAGGGAAAAACGAGAUCUCGCUGUGGGACAUUGUGAAAUUAAAAUGUCUCGAAGUAUUCGUUGUCAAACAUGGCGAUGAGAAGCACAGCGGGCCUCCCAGCCACAUUUACCAGCCAUUGGAAGCACCGACGGAUGAAGAGAUAUUGGAAAAGGCUUUCACGGAUCAAGAAGCCAGUAUUGCGGAUUAUUCUGUGCGCGCUAUUGUGUCUCCUUCCGAUUGUCGCUUCAUUAUCAGUGGAGAUUCCGAUCGACGUCUUCGGUUCUGGGAUACGGUACGCGUGGAACACUCAGCAAUCGUUCUAGGUCUCGACUACGAUGAGGUAAAACCUCGAUACAGUACGUAUACUCAAGGCGACAUAAAAUUUAAUGUCGAAUAUACCCAACCCCAUCGAAGUGCUACCGGGAUGGGCCAUUCUUCGCGAGCCAGUUCCACCGCUGUGAAUCCAGCCAGCGCCAAUGCGGCCAUGAUCCAGCAGCAAAGCCUGAUGAGGAACCAUACAGAUGCCAUUACGGACGUGAUCCUGACCGAAGUACCUUACCCAAUGAUUAUCAGUGGUGACAGGGAUGGUGUGAUCAAAAUUGUCUCUUAAUCUUGACUGUCCAAGAGUUGGUUUCCUUCAAGAAAUGUAUUUAUUAAUCCAUUCGAAAGUUUGAACUAAGUUUUGCCCAAGUGUCUAGUUUCUAUUUCUUGGCAAAUGGCAAGUAAUAUACAAUGGACAGGUCCGUGUGGCACUCCCACAAACAAAAAGGACCAUAAGGCAGUUAUUAUAUAUAUUGUAUGCUACCUGCAAAUUCCCUGUUGACUAUGUAAUAAAAGAACCAGAAAGAGAAUGGUCCCAUGAUCACAGAUUUCGUGCGGUAAAUUGCCAGGCGAAACUCGUAUCCGUACCAUCCAUUUUGACAUGGGACUUCUUUUCUUUUUUGAG